AUGCGUCUCUGUCAGGCACAAAUGAAGAGGAGAAUAGGAAGCGUGAACGCUCUACACCAUCAGAAGGCAGUAACACAGAUAAAGUUUGACAGAACAGACUUGCUGCGAGUUCAGACUCCACAUGGCGAUCCUUUGGUUGUUAGCCUGACAGUUGCAGAUUGCCUGGUGCGAAGGGUGCUAAUUGAUCCAGGGAGCAGUGCAAAUGUUAUGCCAAGGGUCACUUUCGAUUGGCUUGAGAUCAAGCUAGAGAUGCUAAAAUGUACUGGAAAUCUGUUGUUGGGAUUCGACGGAAAAAGAGUAGAACCAAUUGGCAUAGUAGAAUUGCUUGUCCGAGCUACCGAGAAGGAACUUGCCGAAAGUUUUAUGGUAGUGAAGAUCCAUCCCUCUUAUAAUUUGUUAAUGGGAAGAGGGUAG